AUGGGUUGUAUUUGUUCAAAAGAAACUCAACCAAAUCAAUACAUUGAGAACAACCCUGGAGAAAAAGAAGAUGCAUCCUCGAAAAAGUGGUCCGAUUCUUCCAAGGACAACGACAUUAAGGUGGACGUAGAUGCCACUGCACGGUUGAUAUCGGAUCAACAGUCUGGGUCCCUUUCUAAUGAUGAGAGGUCUAGAAAGGACCUAUCACAACUUCAAAGGUUGCCAACGAUAGAUGCAACGACAUGGGGUGGACAAAGGCAACCGAGGAUCACUAGGGUCAUGAGCGGUGAACGAGGUGCUCAAGUAGUUGCCGGUUGGCCUUCUUGGUUAGUAGCUGUAGCUGGAGAAGCCAUUAAUGGGUGGAUACCUAGCAAGGCGGACUCAUAUGAAAAGUUGGAAAAGAUCGGUCAAGGAACUUACAGCACCGUGUACAAAGCUCGUGAUAUCGAAUCGAACAAGAUAGUCGCCUUAAAGAAAGUGCGAUUCGCUAAUUUGGACCCUGAAAGAAUUCGUUUCAUGGCAAGGGAAAUUAUUAUUUUGCGUAGGCUUGAUCACCCGAAUGUUAUGAAGCUUGAAGGUCUAAUUGUUUCAAGGGUUUCUGGAUGUUUGUACCUUAUAUUUGACUACAUGGAGCAUGAUCUUAGAGGACUUGUAGCAACCCUAGAGAUUAAGCUCACAGAGGCUCAGAUCAAGUGUUACAUGCAACAAUUGCUCAAUGGACUUGACCAUUGCCAUAGUCGCGGUGUUUUGCACCGCGACAUUAAGUGUGCAAAUCUCUUGAUAGAUUAUAAUGGUAACCUCAAGAUUGGGGAUUUUGGAUUGGCAACUAUCUUACGUCCUAACCAGAUGCAACCUCUAACGAGCCGCGUAGUAACUUUGUGGUACCGACCUCCUGAGCUUUUGCUUGGUUCUACUGAUUAUGGAGUUACUAUUGAUCUGUGGAGUUCUGGUUGCAUUCUUGCGGAAUUAUUCGCAGGAAAGCCUAUCAUGCCUGGAAGAACUGAGGUGGAACAACUACAUAGAAUCUUCAAACUUUGUGGAUCACCUUCCGAAGAGUAUUGGAAGAGAUCAAAAUUGCCAAAUGCAACCGUGUUCAAACCACAACAUCCUUAUCAGCGUUGUGUCAAUCAGACAUUCAAGGAUUUCCCUACUUCUACUUUAGCUCUUUUGGACAUGCUCCUUGCAGUAGAACCCGAGUGUCGUGGAACUGCUUCUUCAGCACUUGAAAGUGAGUUCUUUACAACGAGUCCUCUUCCCUGUGAUCCAUCAAGUUUGCCCAAGUCCCCACCUAGUAAGGAAUUUGAUGUCAAGCUUCGAGGAGAUGAAUCUGCAAGGCAAAGAGCAUCUCGUGAGAAAGUUAAUGGAAAUGAUCGAGCUAGAAAAGCUACAGCGAUUCCUGCCCCAGAUUCCAAUUUUGAGUUACAAGCAUCUAUACAGGUGUUUGAAAAAAAUUCGCAGUCGAAUACUAAAAGUGUUAAUGGAGUAAAUAAUCCUGGCAUCCCUGUUGAGCCUCUGCAAGGAACAUCGAAACCCGUAUGUUCUCAUGUUAGCCCAUCAAUGCACCUUGGUAACGUUGGAUCUUCACAGAAUAUGAAGGCGAACAAGGUCAAGUCUAUGAAGGCUUGUACUCGAGCAUUUGGUUCUCCGAGUCAGGCAAAAUAUGUCCGUCAUGGAGCAACGACGUUAUCCCAAUUUUCAAAUUCGGUUUCGAUUAGAGGCAAAUCACGAUUAUACAUGACCAAUCCGCAAUGGCACGAGGAGCAUUUUAAUGGUGGAUAUGACCAUGAUGAUAUUGUUCAGUCCACUCACCAUUUAUUUGAUAGGCUAAGUACCUCGCACUUACCUUCCGAGGAAUCAACAACGGGUUAUGUUCCAAAAGAAAAGCGAAUCCAUUAUUCCGGGCCGUUGAUGCAAUCAGGUCAUGGGCGAAACCUUGAGGAAAUGCUCAAAGAGCACGAGAGACGGAUGCAGAACGCCGUCCGCAAAGCUCAUUUGGACAAGACGAAGACGUUGGCAAGAAACAGCUUCGACAAUAAUAGACAAAGUGAAUCGCUACUCUGUGUUGCAGUAAAUGGAAGGUGA